UGCGUCCCCUCCACCUCGACCUCAUGUAAAUAUGUCGCGAACGAUGCCUUCGCCUCAGUCUAGUGCCUACCCGCCGAUCUCGAGGAUAUCAGAGCUGUCAGAGACUACUUGAUAUCACUGGGAGGCUGUAUAUCUUCUACCACGGACCCAAACUCGACAAUCUGUAUCUCGAUCGGCGGAAAUGGACCAAAAGACGCUUCACACCAACAAACCAGAAAAGGUUGCUUAUGACAAUCCGGGUUUAAUCCUAGGUUCCAAAACUUCUCUGGCGCCACCUCCUUAUUCGGAAGGGAAAAGCUAUAGCAAAGAAAAAGAAGCACUGUCAAAUGUAUACGUUGUACCAAGAAAUGCUGAAAAACCACCCAAAGAAGACCACUACGAACCUUACGAUAAUAGAAAAGUGAAGCAUGCCACGACGUUUUCAGAGACACUGUUCCACAUGCUAAAAGCCAGUUUAGGCACUGGUAUUCUUGCAAUGCCUAAUGCCUUCCACAACGCAGGGUAUAUGGUGGGAACCAUAGGUACCUUGGUGAUAGGCUUCUUGUGUACCUAUAGUAUACAUAUACUGAUAUCAGCUGAAUAUGAACUUUGCCGAAGAAGGAAAAAGCCAAGCAUGACUUAUCCUGAGACUUUAGAAGCGGCGUUGUUGGAGGGUCCACAGCCUUUGAGGAGGCUGGCUCCUUACGCUGAUUUCGUGUGCAACCUGUUCCUAAUGUUAUACCAAGUUGGGUCUUGCUGUAUUUACUAUGUGUUCGUCGCAUCCAACAUCAAAGCUGUUGCAGACGAGUACGUGGAGCCUAUAGAUGUCAGGAUCUACAUGUGUUUUCUGCUGAUUCCCUUCAUCCUGAUCAACUGCAUCCGCAACCUGAAGCUGCUGGCUCCAUUCAGCACAGCUGCCAACUUCGUCACCGUUAUCAGCUUUGCCAUCAUCGCGUACUACAUGCUGACCGACAUACCGUCGCUGGACCAGCGCGCUGCCGUGGCCAGUUUCAAGGGAAUGCCGCUGUUCUUCGGCACCGUGCUGUUUGCGAUGGAGGCUAUUGGAGUGGUAAUGCCUCUAGAGAAUGAGAUGGACCGUCCUGAGAGGUUCGGCAACAUGUUCGGCGUCCUCAACUGCGCCAUGUUGCCCAUCACCAUCCUCUACACCCUCGUAGGCUUCUUUGGAUACCUCAAGUACGGUCAGGGAGCUCAAGGAAGUGUUACUCUCAACUUGCCCAAUGAUCAUCUACUGGCGCAGUCCGCCAAGCUGAUGCUGGCCGCCGCCAUCUUCAUCACACACGGCCUGGCCUGCUACGUCGCCUUUGAUAUCAUCUGGCAUCAGAAACUCAAACCUAAAGUGACCGGCAACAAACUGGUGUGGGAAUACGUCACUAGGACAGUGCUGGUGCUGAUCACUUUCCUGUUCGCCGUGGCCAUCCCCAAUCUUGAGCUGUUCAUCUCUCUCAUCGGCGCCUUCUGUUUGUCAACCAUGGGUCUAUCGUUCCCGGCGCUCAUCCAGAUGUUGACCUUCUGGGACUUCUACCGAGGCUUUGGAAAACUCCUCUUCUUCCUCAAGAACUUCGUCGUCGUCCUCAUAGCCAUCCUUGGGUUUACGAUCGGAGUGACUACCAGCGUCCACGAAAUCUACCUUAAGUUCUUCGCGUAGAUGUCUCAUAAAGAAGUCUAAACGUAAAAUGCGAUUUAAAAGUGAUAUUCUAAGAAUUAGGAUUUUUAGAAAUUUUUUAAGUGAUAGUAUUUUAAUUAUUAUUUUUGGUUCCAAUCUUUGCAUCUAAUAUGAAAAAAAUAUUACAACUUUGUACAUUCCAAAGUAACGUCAGUUUAUAAAUUGUUCUUAAUGUGUUUUAAAAUAAUUUCAUAUAAAAUAGUUAGUCAAAAACCAAACCUCUCAUUUGAACAUUUUUAGCCGUGUAUGCACGGUUGGUGUAAAAUUAGCAUCGUCAACAAUAUUUCCUUCAUAGGCUAGUCAUUUGUAGAUAAUUUCCUAAAUUAUUCCUUUAUUGCAAAUUUAUCAUAUUAUUGAUUAAGUAUGAGUUUAAUUAAAAAAAAAUAAUAAUAAAGUAUGUAAUAAUUAAUAGUUGGAUUUUUGUUAAUUUUAAUGUAAACUGUCUACAGAGAGAGUUCACUCUUCUACCAAUUAGUUAAUCAAUUAAUGAAGUCCAUAAAACAAUUAAACAUUCGGUGAUUGUUCAAAAGUAUUUAAGGAUUUAUGUAAAUAUAAAAUAAAUGUGAUAGUAUGCUAGGUAAAUAUUUAGUUUUAUUGUUAACUGUUAGCAUAGUUAUUUUCUAUCCUGAUAUUUAAAAUUCUUAAGAAAUGCAUAUUAUUAUUAUUUAGGUUAGUAAAUUAUUUACAGCUUUAUUAAAAGUUAUAUAAGAUUUUUACGUUUAAUUUUAUUGUUUUUUACUCAAUUUAAUGUUAAACAAUAUUCCAAAAUAGGUCUUCAAAUUUUACUGCCCAUCCUGAUUGUAAAAAUAUUAUAAAUCUUUAAAUUAACGUAUUAUCGAUUGUUAAAAAUUGUUGUGAAUAAACAAGCAAUAAUGUGUGCAGCUUUUACCACUGUUGUGUAAGAUGUUUAUUUAUGUAAAUACUGUAAAUAUUUCUAUACAAAUUAAUUUUUAAGAGUGCCUGUGUAGGGCUGUGAUGUUUUUAUGGUAUUGAUUAUAUUGAAAUAAAAUGUACUACGAUCA